CGGAAGCUAGGGUUUUCCCAAAUUCCUAAUUCCCAAUUGCGCCGCCUUCGAAUCCGCUCCGUUCUUUUCACGUCUCCCCCACUUCAAUUCGCUCCUUCUUCUUCCCGGAACUCACUGAAAGUCUAGAACUUUCUCAGCUCAUCUGUACGGAAUUCGAUUUCUGGGUUUCUGAGAGGUCUCUGGUAAUUCAAUCAGCUGCGCAAUUCGAAUUUUCUGUCCGUUGCAGUGAUGCUUAUGUCAAAUUGUCAAUCUGAGUUUUGUAUAUGUGAGAUUGGUGGGUUUUUCUGUUUUAGGGUCUAAUGUGAUGUUUUUUGAACUGAUUGGAUUGAGAAGGCGACUAUGGGGAGGCCGGUGCCUGAGAACCCUUGUGGGCAAGGGAUUGCAAAAGCUUCAACAAGCAUGUGCAUUACACAUGAGGCUCAGUGCCCUGUGCGCAAGUGGUACUUUACGAAACAGGAAAUCGAAGACUCUCCGUCCCGGAGAGAUGGCAUUAGCACCAAGAAAGAGUCACACUUGCGGAGUUUAUACUGCUCGUUUCUUCAGGAGAUUGGGAUGAAGCUUAAAGUGCCCCAGCUGACAAUAUCAUCUGCAAUGAUGUUGUGCCACCAGUUUUAUAUGCGUCAAUCUCACGCUAAGAAUGGGUGGCAGACAGUGGCAACUGCGAGCAUAUUUCUUGCCUGCAAAGCAGAAGAUACACCACGCUAUCUGAAUGAUGUUGUUGUAGUUGCAUAUGAGAUGGUGCACAAAUUUGAUUCAGCUGCGUUACACCGAAUCAGACAAAAAGGGUUUCUCAAUAAGCAAAAGGAAUUGAUCCUAGUUGCUGAGAGACUUUUGCUGUCAACAAUCGGCUAUGAUCUGGACAUUCAGCUUCCGUACAAGAUACUUGUUGCUGCCCUAAAGAAAUUAGAUCUUCUCCCUGAUCUUGCUAAGGCAGCAUGGAGUUUUGUGAAUGAUUGGCUCCGCACAUCAUUAUGCUUGCAGUACAAGCCGCAUUACAUUGCAGCUGGUUCAGUUGCUCUUGCUGCUAAUUUUCAAAAGGUGAAACUACCUAAGGAGAAGGGAAAAGUUUGGUGGCUUGAGUUUGAUGUUACGCCGAAACAGUUAGAUGAGGUGAUUCAGCGGAUGCAUAGCAUGUUCAAGCCUCUACCGGCUAAAACUGGGAUGGCCGUUCAGCCUGAAAUUGUAUCUAAAAAGUCAAUUGAUAGUAGCCCUCAAUCAUGUAUAUCAAGUGAAGCAAUGGUAGACCAGCAUCCUAGGCAAGGUGCCGCUGUGGAUGAUAGAGGAUUAGGGGGAGAGUCUGUUAUGUCUUCGAGUAGGCAAAAUCUUGGAGGUGAGGACUCUGCUACUGCUGGUAAGGAUGCUUUACCAUGCCAGACAAAUGAUAGUAGUAUUGUCAAGAAUACUGGUGAUGAGAUCAAGCCAAUAAAAGGGGAAUUGGAUGAUCAGAGCUCAUGCAAGAUUCUUGAGGUUCCUAAAAGCUGUGGUAAGAUCGAUAUUAACCGUAUUCGAGAAUUGAAGAGAAAAAGAUGUGAUAAAGGUGUAAAUAAGAAGUUGGCAGGCUCCAUACAUGAUGAGCUAGAUCCUGAAGCCUGGAUAGAAAGUGAGCUUGAAAAUGGAGUUGAGCUUCAAGAUGCAUCUACAGAGAAGAAACAAAGGAAGGCUUGAUGCAUUUUAUGUUGAGGAAUGACGCGUUUGAUGCUUGUAAACUACAUUACGGCAUCAUCUUCCUAUAGAGUGUAGCACAUGUCAUUAGAUGGUACGUAUUUCAAAUUGCAAUUACAUUAUAGCAGUAAUUCUUUGCGAUCAUAUUGCUCCUGGAAAAGUUCAGCCCUUGAAUUGAUGCAGGUCCUGUGUGUUUCUGAUGUAUGAAUGAUUAUAAGUUCUUGUUCAUAAUCGUAAUGCUCGAGUAUACAAAUGGGUUUUCAAAUAUGUCAACUUACUCGGAAGCUUAUG